GGCAACCGCAGUUGAGUACACACUAGAUCUGGGGCUAGGUGGACUUGUCUUGGCUGCCCCAGACUCCUCCUCUCUGGAUAAGAUAUAUUAUGACCACUAUUUUUAGAAGAUGUUUGAAAGUGAAAACCUAAACCAAGAAGAAAUAAUUAAAGAACUGUGUUUAUGCAAUGGGUUAUCCUAUGAGAUUGUUGGACAAGAAGGAUCAGCUGCUUCAAAACUGGAGAUGUUUUUUUCAGGCUAUCCUUGUAUAGUUGGAUUAUCAUUAUUUCCUAGUUUAACGAGUCUCACAAUUGUUGCUCAAGAUAUAAAAGAAAUUUCAGGAUUAGAGACUUGUUUGCAGCUUAAAGAACUUUGGAUUGCUGAGUGUUACAUAGAGAAAAUUGAAGGUCUUCAAGAAUGUAGAAAUUUAAAAAAACUAUAUGGCUUGCAGGCUUUGAAGAAUUUAAAUGAUCUCAACCUUGCAGGAAAUCUGAUAAGCAGCAUUGGGCAACGUCUUGAUGCCAAUGAAAAACUGGAAAGAUUAAACCUUUCUGGUAAUCAAAUAUGUUCGUUCAAGGACCUCACGAACUUAACCAGGCUGCCUUCCUUAAAAGAUUUGUGUCUCAACGAUUCUCAGUAUAAAGCCAACCCGGUUUGUCAGCUGUGUAACUAUUCCACGCAUUUAUUAUAUCACCUGCCGUGCCUUCAGAGAUUGGACACGUUUGAUGUGUCAGCAAAGCAAAUCAAGGAGCUGGCAGACACCACAGCAAUGAAAAAAAUAAUGUAUUACAAUAUGCGUAUAAAAACAGUUCAGAGGCAUCUUAAUGAAGACCUUGAAAAAUUAAAUGAUAGAAAAUGCAAAUUACAAAAGCUGCCAGAAGAACAAAUAAAGUUACUCAGCUUUGUGAAAAAAAAUUUGGAACGGGAGCUGGCAGAACUCAAGGGCUCUGGCAAAGGGCGCAGCGACCGAGCUAAUAACAAUAAAACAACUGAGGUUGAAAAAUCAAAGAGUUGUGAGACUGUCACGGAAGAACCAAGUCUUCAGCAGAAGAUAAUGAUCAAACUGAAUGCCUUAAAUGAAAGGGUAACAUUCUGGAACAAGAAGCUAGACGAAAUUGAAGCACUUUAUCGUAUUGAAGUAAAGCGAAAGAAGAAAAGUCAUGGUUUAUUGAUCCCAUUUUUGCUGAUUGAAUUGGAAACUGUGGGGAAUAUCCAUUUUGAACAAGGCACUAGCGCUGAUGACUGGUAUAAUUCCUGUUAUGAAUUAAUUCUGUCACGUUUCUGUACAUGGGACUUCAGAACCUAUGGCAUUACCGGAAUAAAAGUAAAACGUGUCAUUAAAGUUAACAACCGUAUUCUGAGACUAAAAUUUGAAGAAAAAUUUCAGAAGUUUUUAGGUGAUGAAGAUACGCAUGAUCCAGAGAGCUAUCGCAAGAUGCUGGACUGCCUUUUUUAUGUUUUUGACCCUGAAAUUACAGUGAAGAAAAAGCAUCUGCUCCAGAUACUUGAGAAAGGGUUCAAGGAGAGCGAAGCAAGCAAGCUGCCUCUCGGGAGAGAAGCUAUUAUUCUUGUGAACAGCCUAAGUAUGUGUGAGUGUCCACGGAUUGAGUUUCUACAGCAAAAACACGAGAGUGAGAAGAAAAGCUCUCUGGAUCAGGAGCUCUUCAGACAUGGCAUCCUCCUUAUUACCAAGGUUUUUAUUGGCCAAAGUGUUCAAGCUCAUGAACAGGAAUCUAUCAAUCAAGCCAACUAUCCCACAGUUAAUUCAGUGUUCGUGCCUCAGAAAUAUUUACGAAGUUCUGUUGCGGGACAAAGAAGUUGUGAUUGUGGUUUCCGGCAGUGCAAGUGGUUCGUCUUCGAUCAUGACCUUGUUUUGCCAGAAUACGUCGUCGAAUUUGAGUACAUUACAGUGGUCAAGGCCCACUCUUUGUUUUCUACAUUCAACAACAUCAUCGUAGAAGAAAGCAAAAACUAUUCCGAAGGAUCAAUAUUAUCCCAGGAUUUGAAACUUGAUGAUGAAGUCAUGAAAAUGGAGCCAAGGACUAAGCCUCGGCCGAAACUUCUCAGCUUGGAUGAUAAGACAAUACUUGCCCUUGCCAGGACUAAUGUCUACACGCAUAUUGUGAGUCUUAAUCUACAUGGCAACAGCUUGAGUAAACUGCGAGAUCUCUCCAAAUUAACAGGACUUCGGAAACUGAGCAUCAGCUUUAAUGAACUGACUUGCUUAGAUGAUGUAUACUACUUGUACAACCUUGAAUAUUUGGAUGCAAGCCACAAUCACGUGAUCACCCUGGAGGGCUUCAGAGGGCUGAUGAAACUGAAGCACUUAGACUUGAGCUGGAAUCAGCUGAAAAAAUCUGGAGAUGAAAUAAACGUGCUGUGCAAACACACCACAAGCCUUCUCACCCUUAAUAUUCAGCACAAUCCAUGGCAGAAGCCAGCCACAUUGAGACUGAGCGUCAUUGGCAGAUUAAAGACCCUCACACAUUUAGAUGGGCUCUUUAUUUCUGAAGAAGAAACAGCAGCAGCUCUGAAAUUUAUCAGUGGAACAAAGAUCACUCAGUCAUGUAUCUUAAGGCACUGUGGUACUAAAGAGGAGAGACCACGGACACUAAGCAUAUGGCCUUCUGCCAAAAUCCUGACACAGAUUUCAAAGUUAGGACCACGUCUACACCUGUGUGGAAGCUGGUACUUGAAGAUAACUGCCUUAAAUUUAGAUGGACAGCAUCUCUUUGAAAUAAAAAAUCUAGAAAAAUUGGAAAAUUUGAAGUGGGCAUCCUUCAGCAAUAAUAAUCUGACGAAAAUGGAGGGCUUGGAAUGCUGUGUCAACUUGGAAGAGCUCACACUCAAUGGAAACUGCAUCUCAAAGAUCGAAGGCAUUUCCAAGCUGACUAAGUUAACCCGCCUCAGCAUGAAUAACAACCUUCUGACUGGCUUGGAAAAGCAUACCUUUGAUAACAUGCUUCAUCUUCACUUCCUUUCUCUUGAGAACAACAGAAUUACCUCACUGAGUGGUUUACAGAAGACCUCUACCCUAAUCGAACUCUACAUAAGCAAUAACUACAUUUCUGUCAAUCAGGAGAUCUACAAUUUAAAGGGUUUGUGCAACUUGGUCAUUCUAGACCUGCACGGGAACAUUAUUGUAUGGAAUCAAGAAAACUACCGGUUCUUUGUAAUAUAUCAUCUUCCAGAACUAAAAGCUUUGGAUGGAAUCUCGAUUGUAAGUUGAAAGAGUAAAAGCUCCAAAGAUCUGAAAGGUGGGAGUCUCACAUCAGAUAAUGUCAUUGAUCUAUGUUUUUCUAUAUGCUCUGAACCCAUUCAAAUAACUGUACUCACUUUCUCUAAAUGCAGAACUGUGGAUUUGAUUCCAGUUGACCACUUUAGAAACGUGUGUAAUGUGAACCUGCAGAACAACAACCUCACCUCCUUCAGUGGACUGAUCUACUUGCCUAACGUGAAAGUCUUAUGCCUCAACUAUAAUCACAUUGAAUCAAUCAUGCCUAAACCAAAGCUUCAGACUCACUUGACAAACAGACAAAUACUCUACCAGAAAGUGUCUUCCAGUGGCUAUGGACAGCAGGGCAUUUCAAAAACAAGCAGAGAUGCAGCAAACAGUGACAAUUUGCCUCCAAUGAUGCAUAGUUUAGAAGUUCUUCAUUUGGGCUACAAUGGAAUUUGUAAUUUAAUCCAGCUGCAACUUAAUAGACUAAGAAAUUUAAAAUUUCUUUUUCUACAGGGGAAUGAAAUCAGUCAAGUUGAAGGGCUGGACAACUUGGUAGUCCUUCAGGAAUUGGUAGUGGACCAUAACCGCAUCAGAGCGUUUAAUGACAGUGCUUUUUCCAAGCCGAGCUCUCUAUUGGCACUUCACCUGGAGGAAAACAGAGUGCGAGAGCUGAGCAAAUUGCAGCCUUUGACAAAGCUAGAAAAACUCUUCCUAGGAUAUAAUAAAAUCCAGGAUAUAGCAGAACUGGAAAAGCUUGAUGUUAUCUCUUCUCUCAGAGAGCUUACAGUCUAUGGCAAUCCAAUUUGUAGAAAAAUUCUACAUCGUCAUGUGCUCAUAUUUCGACUGCCUAAUUUACAGAUGUUAGAUGGAAUUCCUGUAAAUUCAGAUGACAGGGCAAAAGCUGAAUUUCACUUUUCUGAACUACAAGCAAAGAAAAAUUUGUUGAUCCCUGUUACCAGCUGUCCUGUGGAUGGUGCCUCACUCUGCCAAGUGAAGGCGCCUCCUGUUAAAAUAACAAACCUGAUUCUGCCCGCUGGCCUCAACCAUUACUUGGGACCUGACUUGGCCUUGACUCCUGAAGUGGAAGACAAAAAACCCAGAAGUACAGGGAUUCUGCCAAAUAGUUCUCGGAGCAUUCAUGCAGAAAUUGCUUUCCGGCAUCUCAGAGAAAUAAAUCUUUCUCCACCUCCUUUGUCACAUCAGAAUGUCGCCUCUCCGGCCGCCCAGAUGUACCAGAGCAACCAUGAGGAGGAAAGAAUUCUGGGAAGCAACCUUCCAAGAUCAAAUCAUGUGUAA